CCUCGCCUAUAUAGUACCUUACUUUUUUUGGCCGUCGUCUACAGAUAUCGCGAGAGUUGAGCAGCGUCUGACUAGCUGUCGGGGUAACAGUAAAGCUGAGGGAGACGGAGAGAAGGUAAGCGGGGCUGCAUCAUGGCGGACAGAGACAGUGGUAGUGAGCACGGAGGAUUUGCCACAGGCCCCGGCGCCGGCCAAAUGCACCCAGGCGCAAUGGGCGUAGCUUCGCGGCUCCAGCAUGAUACGGAGGAGCUCGCAUCUAAGCGUGUUGACAUUCAGAACAAACGCUUCUAUCUAGACGUAAAGCAAAACGCCAAAGGCCGCUUUCUGAAGAUAGCCGAGGUCGGGGCCGGGGGAAACAAGAGUCGCCUGACUCUGUCGAUGUCGGUAGCCGUAGAGUUCCGGGACUAUUUGGGGGACUUCAUCGAGCACUAUGCGCAGCUAGGCCCCAGCAACCCGGACAUAAUCCAGGACGAGCCCCGGAGAGCGCUGAAAAGUGAGUUUCUGGUGCGGGAGAAUCGGAAGUACUAUAUGGAUUUGAAGGAGAAUCAAAGGGGGCGGUUUCUGAGGAUCCGACAGACCGUGAACCGGGGCCCCGGACUGGGAACCGCGCAAGGCCAGACUAUCGCUCUUCCUGCUCAGGGACUCAUCGAGUUCCGCGACGCUUUGGCUAAACUUAUCGACGACUACGGAGUAGACGAGGACCCCGCGGAGUUACCGGAGGGCACCUCUCUGACCGUGGACAACAAGCGCUUUUUCUUCGACGUGGGCUCGAACAAGUACGGGGUUUUCAUGCGGGUCAGCGAGGUGAAGCCGACGUACCGCAACUCCAUCACGGUGCCCUGCAAAGUGUGGCCCAAAUUCGGAGCCACCUUCUGUAAAUACGCGGACGACAUGAAAAAGAUUCAAGAGAGGAGCAGGGAGAGAAGGGCGCGCGAGCUCUUACCGGAGGGCCUGCACGGCGACGAUGGGGACGAGGAUUAAUGGAUAUGACGUUUAUCCGCGAGGACGGGACAUAUUUUUAAAACAAAAAUAUGACAAAAUAACGAAUGACCAUGUAAUCAAACGUUACUGUACAAGAAUGGCGUGAGUUAGAAUUGCAAGGGAUCGUCCUACACUCAACCCUCACAGACUUACAGUUGCAUCUCUUCACCCAUCGCCGGAUAUUACCCACUUACCAUAUAACAGUAAGCCGCUGCUACCGAUAACAUGAUACGUGAACUGUGUCCGAGAUGGUCCAAAUGUCAUAGACCGGAGUGUGUCGUUCCCUAGUUCCCAUGCGUUCUGUACACGUCCAAGCUAUUACAAAACUACUCCAAAGUGCAAAUUGAAGUGGGGGAAAAAUGCUAAAGCGGAGAUCUAUUUCUUAAAACGAGUGGUGAUAUUUGACUUCCAGCACAAGGCUACUGUAUUUAGGAAUGAUCUGAACCAAAAUCGUAAUUUAAGAAAACAAAAUCUAUAUUUGAUGGUACGUUUAGGAGAUAGUGCUGUUUGUAUUGACAUGCACUACAACAGAACACUGCGCAUUGAUCUGUUGAACGGAUGUCAACCCUCAGACUGACCGACUAAAGGCAUCUGAGGAAAUCUAAACGUGUAAUCCUGCUCGUUUGCCUUUUGAAAUGGAUAAACAGCAGAUGAGAGAGUUUUUAUUAGCUCGUCAUAAAACGUUUGCUUUAUACCAGAUUUAGUAAGGAGAGUAACAGCGCAGCAAAAUCUGAGAGGUGUUGCUAUUACGAUCGGUAAAGGUUUAAGGUUUAUUUCUAUUAAAUAUUAUCAACCCAACUGCACCACGCACAGCAAAAUGCCCGUUGUUGAAUUAAAGCAUACAGUGCUGAAUAAACACAUACAGUGUCUAUUGAAGUCCGGCCGGACAGAAAUGGAACACUGCAUGUGGUACUUCAGCCCUGGGGAAUUUGCUGUGUGCCCACUGUCCUCUGGGCACGUUUCAUUCAAGUGCUAACUUAGAAAUACAAAUUAUGAUUUUGUGAAUCAGAUGUAUUUAGAUUCUUAUAAAAAAAUACCCACGUUUUUGUGGGAUUUUUUUUUC